CUGGCCGUGGUCUAGGGUUCUAAUGAACAAAGGAAAUGACACUGAGGAGGCCUCACUUGUUUUUCAUGAUUCCAAACCGGCUUCUGGUAAUUCUCUAUCUUUUUGAAGUAUCCCCAACUUGAUUUGCUAGAGCUUAAACUCCAGCUUGGUGGCACCCUGGGAACUGCCUUCAUUAGAACCUGGCUACCCACGUGUCCUCGUCCUUCGAGACCCCGGGUCUCGUAGACGUCUCCAGGGGUCCCCACGCACCUGCAGGUCCUGCUUGGGAAGGCGAGCAGGACCAAGCACACCGCCAGUGACUCAACGAUGCAUCCCCGCCCACCUCGCGCCCCACCCCACGGCCCGCCACGCCCACACACGCAGCCCCGCCCCCCGCGAGGAUCUUGUGGCCACGCAGCGUUUGGCUCAGCACGAGGCGGGGCAGGGCGCCGUGGGGGUGGGGCUUCAGGCCCAGCGCGCGCUUCAAUUGGCUCUCAGAGCUGCCUUUUAGACAGCACGCAGACGCCACUAGCCCGCGCCUUCCGGCCUCCUCCCCGGCUGCUGCUUUGGCGGGAGUUGGCGGGCAGGUGUGAGGUCAGCUUCCUCUGGAGAGAGAGAGAGGUGGAGGUGGCUGGUUCCCAGGUCUUACAGACCCCCGUGGACACCAUGUUGGAAGCCCAACUCCAGACCCAGCAGAGGAGCAGCCAGAAUGGUCGGGAGACAAGCCUGUGGUCCUCCGGCUUUAGGAUGAAGCUGGAGGCUGUCACCCCAUUCCUGGGGAAAUACCGCCCUUUUGUGGGUCGCUGCUGCCAGACCUGCACCCCUAAGAGCUGGGAGUCCCUCUUCCACAGAAGCAUAAUGGACCUAGGCUUCUGCAAUGUGAUCCUGGUGAAGGAGGAGAACACCAGGUUUCGGGGCUGGCUGGUUCGGAGGCUCUGCUAUUUCUUGUGGUCACUGGAGCAGCACAUACCCCCCUGCCAGGAUGCCCCACAGAAGAUCAUGGAAAGCACUGGGGUGCAGAAUGUCAUCUCAGGGAGGGCCCCCGGAGGGGCUGGGGAAGGCCAGGUGUCCAGCCUUGUGAAGAAAGUGGUACAGCGCAUCUUGGGCCACAUCCAGACCCCACCCCGCCCUUUCCUGCUCAGGCUCUUCAGCUGGGCAAUGCUGCGGUUUCUGAACUGCCUCUUCCUGAACGUGCAGCUGCACAAGGGCCAGAUGAAGAUGGUCCACAAGGCCGCCCAGGCGGGCUCGCCGCUCGUCCUCCUCUCUACCCACAAGUCACUCCUGGAUGGGAUCCUGCUGCCGUUUGUGCUGCUCUCCCAGGGCCUGGGUGUGCUCCGUGUGGCUUGGGACCCCCGCACCUGCUCCCCCAUCCUCAGCGCUCUGCUGAAGCAGCUUGGGGGACUUUUCCUGCCCUCAGAGGCCAACCUGUCCCUGGACAGCUCUGAGGGCGUUCUUGCAAGGGCUGUGGUCCAGGCGGCUGUGGAGCAGCUGCUGCUCAGUGGGCAGCCCCUGCUCAUCUUCCUGGAGGAGCCCCCUGGGACUCAGGGGUCUCGGCUGUCAGCCCUGGGCCAGACCUGGCUGGGACUGGUGGUGCAGGCAGUCCAGGUGGGCAUCGUCCCAGAUGCUAUGCUGGUGCCAGUGGCCGUCACCUAUGACCUGGUUCCAGAUGCACCCCGUGACACAUACCACGCCUUUCCCCCCCUGGGGCUGUGGACAGGAGCUCUGGCUGUUCUUCGGAGCCUGCGAGGCUGGGGCUGCAGCCACCGGGUCUGCAUCCGUGUACAUCUGGCCCAGCCCUUCUCCCUGCAGGAAUACACCAUCAACGCCAGAAGCUGCUGGGGCAGCAGGCAGACCCUGGAGCAGCUGCUGCAGCCCAUCGUGCUGGGCCAAUGUACCCUUGUCCCAGACACUGAAAAAGAGCAGGAGUGGACCCCAGUAACUGGGCCCCUUCUGGCUCUCAAGGAAGAGGACCAGCUCCUGGUCAGGAUGCUGAGCCGCCACGUCCUGAAUGCCUGCGUGGCGAGCUCGGCGGUGAUGAGCACGGCCAUCACGGCGACGCUGCUGCUAUUCAAGCACCGGAAGGGCGUGCUCCUGUCACAGCUCCUGGGGGAGUUCUCCUGGCUGACAGAGGAGACGCUGCUGCGUGGCUUUGACGUGGGCUUCUCAGGGCAGCUGCGGUGCCUGGUGCAGCACACGCUGAGCCUGCUGCGGGCGCACGUGGCCCUGCUGCGCGUCCAUCAUGGGGACUUGCUGGUGGUUCCUCGGCCCGGCCCAGGCCUCAUACACCUGGCCCGCCUGAGCGCUGGGCUGCUGCCCGCCUUCCUGAGCGAGGCUGUGGGUGCCUGUGCUGUGCGGGGGCUGCUGGCGGGCAGGGUGCCGCCUGAGGGGCCCUGUGAGCUGCAAGGCAUCGAGCUGCUGAGCCAGAAGGAGCUGUACCGCCAGAUCCUGCUCCUGUUGCACUUGCUGCCGCAGGACCUGCUGCUGCUGCAGAUCUGGUCUGGCCUCGCCUCUGGCCAGGCCCCUGCCCAGCGCCUGGCUCUCCUGAGGCCACGUGGAUGCCUUUCUCCCCAGCCCUGCCAGUCUUCCUACUGCUACUGUCAGGAGGUGCUGGACCGUCUCAUCCAGUGUGGGCUCCUAGUUGCUGAAGAGAACCCAGGCUUCCGGCCAGCCUGUGACACAGGGCGGCAGCAUUUGAGUGCAAAACUGCUGUGGAAACCAAGCGGGGACUUCACUGAUAGUGACAGUGAUGACUUUGAGGAAGCUGAGGGCCGGUACUUCAGGGUACGUUGGGAGAAGCCACCAGGGGAGGGAGGCGGUGGGAGCUGCUCUUACCCUGGCCUGUCUUCCUCCAGCUCAGUCAACAGUCACGCUGCCCUGACUUCUUCCUCUUCCUCUGCCGCCUGCUCAGCCCGCCACUCAAGGCUUUUGCGCAGGCUGCCACCUUCCUCCACAAGGGACAGCUGCCGGAUACUGAGUCGGGCUACGUGGAGCAGCUGUUCCGGUUCUUACAGGCCACUGCCCAGGAGGAAGGGUUCUUCGAGUGUGCAGACCUAAAUCUUGCCAUCAGUGCUAUCUGGACCUUCAGAGACUUGGGGGUACUGCGGCAGACACCCAGCCCCGCGGGCCCCGUGCUCCACCUGUCAUCUACCUUUGUCAGCCGGGACAAUCAGGAAAAGCUGGAACAGUUCAUCCGGCAGUUCAUCUGUAGCUAGAGCUGUGGGGAGGAGCCGUGCUCAGACUGCUCAGCCCCAGAAUACAGCCGUGCCCCCGAGCCAGAAGACAGCAUGGAGCUGCAGACCCUGAGCUGGGCUAUAAAAUCUUUUUACAGUCUGAUGGUCCUUUGCCCUCACUUGCUUUCUCCAUCCUUUGGUGCAGUAAAUGAGAGGACUGGAUGAGUCCUCUUUUCCCAA